GGUCGUACGAGUCGCCGUCGCCGACGAGCUGUCUAGCUGCUGCUGGUAGUUCUUAGUUUGCUGCUGGUUUGGUGACGGGAGGAAGUCGGCAACGAGAGGAAAGUUUGCGUCUUUUGGAGAAAUGGGCGUGCUGUUCUCGUGUCCUGUGGACGACGACGGCGCGGUGGAGAACGGGUUGGCCGCUGCGGCGGCGGCGGGGAAUGCGGCGGAGCCGACGGUGCUGAGGGCGUCGCUGGGCUCCGGCAAGCUGCGGAUCGAGGGGUCCCUCAGCUUCAAGACGAGGGAGCAGCAGCAGUCGCUCCUCCAGGUGGAGACCAAGAUCUCCAUCACCUCGCCGCGCGCCGCGCCGGCGCCGAUGCCGAGGGAGCUCCUCCGGACCCGCUUCGCCGACGCGGCGUCCCCCGCCGCCGCCGCCCCGGAGAGCCCCAAGCACGAGGCCGCGGCGGUGACGCUGCAGAAGGUGUACAAGAGCUUCCGCACCCGCCGCCGCCUCGCCGACUGCGCCGUCCUCGUCGAGCAGAGCUGGUGGAAGCUGCUGGAUUUCGCGCUGCUGAAGAGGAGCUCGGUGUCCUUCUUUGACAUCGAGAAGCAAGAAUCCGCGGUGUCCAAGUGGGCGAGGGCAAGAACACGAGCAGCCAAGGUUGGAAAGGGGUUGUCCAAGGAUGACAAAGCUCAGAAACUCGCAUUGCAGCACUGGCUUGAAGCUAUUGACCCGCGGCACCGGUAUGGACAUAAUCUCCACUAUUACUAUGACUGCUGGUUGCAAUGCGAAAGCAAGGAGCCAUUCUUCUAUUGGCUUGAUGUUGGAGAAGGCAAGGAGAUCAAUCUCGAAGACCGGUGCCCAAGAUGGAAGCUUCUGAGCCAGUGCAUCAAAUAUCUUGGUCCACAAGAAAGAGAAGAUUACGAGGUUGUAAUUGAACACGGCAAGUUCAUGUACAAGAACAGCCGGCAAAUCCUUGACACAUCUGGAGGGCCAAGAGAUGACAAAUGGAUCUUUGUUCUGAGCACAUCCAAGAAUCUAUAUGUUGGGCAGAAGAAAAAGGGCAAAUUUCAGCAUUCUAGCUUCCUAGCUGGUGGAGCAACAUCUGCUGCUGGCCGACUCGUCGUCGAAGAUGGAACUCUAAAGGCUAUCUGGCCUCACAGCGGGCACUAUCGCCCAACAGAGGAGAACUUCCAGGAAUUCCAGGGCUUCCUCAAGGACAACAAUGUCGAUCUCACUGAUGUCAAGAUGAGCCCAACCGAAGGGGAUGAAGAAUUCUGGGGCAGGCUCAGGAGCAUUCCUUCUGACCGGUGCGCCGAUGCCGACAACACUGAAGAAGAGAUGAACUCUUCUGAACAAGCUGUCCACCAUUGCCAGACACCUGAAGCCACAAAAACCUCACAUGAAAAAGAGGUCUCAUCACAACAAGAAGAGGCAAUCAGCCAUCCUAGCACCCUGAAAAUUCUCCCAAGGGUGGAUUCAUCAGAAGGCACCGAAAUGUCGAAUGCCCGCGACAACGGCUGGCCUGAACAAGAAGAGGCAAAUCAUGAUCAACUCCAAGAUCCUGAAGAAGACGAUGAGCCGUCGUCGUCGUCGUCGUCGGUGCCGAGAGAGAAGAUCCUGGAGAGGAUCAACUCCAAGAAGGAGGCCAAGUCAUACCAGCUCGGGAAGCAGCUGUCGUUCAAGUGGACCACCGGCGCCGGGCCACGGAUCGUGUGCGUCAGGGACUACCCGUCGGAGCUGCAGCUCCGGGCGCUGGAGCAGGUGCACCUGUCGCCGAGGAGCGGCGGCGGCGGCGGCAGGGCGGCGUCGUCCCGGUUCGCGUCGCCGCAGAGGUCGAGCAGCCCGAUGGCGAGAGGGUGCAGCGAGCCAUUGACGCCGGGAGAAGCGUUCCGCGCGCAUCUGCAACGCACGGUGUGCUGAUCAGGUGAAGUGAUCGUCGCCGUGAAAAUAGAGACUGAAUCUGUUCUUUGCCUUUGAACAGUUGAUGCAAAUUGUGCAUACAGAGAAGAAUAAGGGUGGGGGUGAAGAACAUCUCGCCUCAGUAGAUUGAUAUACAAAAGAGAUCUUUUGUAGUAGUCUCUCAAAGAGAUCUUUGUAGUAGUUAGAGUGAUACAAGCAAAUCAAAUCAAUACAGAUUCUUUCAUUCUUUGUUCUUGAAUCAUAUCGCAGAG